CCCCUGUCCACAGUCCUCACCAACCAGUCCCCAAAGUCGGUUGUUGACAAGAGAUUAAGGUAAGGUAGUUGAAGCUGAGUGUUUGGUUGGACUGAGCUGAGGGAGAGAAGAGAAUUCACAGAGCGAAAAUGGUGGUGAAGGUGUAUGGUCCAGACUAUGCUUCGACAAAGCGCGUGAUCGCUUGUCUUAUUGAGAAGGAGAUCGAAUUUGAGACUGUCCCUAUCAACAUCUUCAACGGAGACACCAAGAAGCCUGAGUUCCUCGCGUUGCAGCCAUUCGGGGUUGUCCCUGUCAUUGAAGAUGAAGAUGGUACUUUAUUUGAGUCCAGGGCCAUCAUUAGGUAUUGUGCCCAGAAGUAUGAGUCCCAAGGAACUGCACUGUUUGGGAAGACCUCAAGGGAAAGGGGACUAGUGGAACAAUGGCUAGAAGUUGAAGCACACAACUUCCACCCACCAGUUUACAAUUUGGUAGUUAACAUUAUGUUCAGCUCCCAAUUGGGCAUCACUCCAGACCCAAAGGUUAUUGAAGAAAGUGAAGAAAAACUUGGGAAGGUGUUGGACAUCUAUGAGAUGAGGUUGUCACGCAACAAGUACUUGGCUGGGGAUUUUUUCAGCCUUGCUGAUCUUAGCCACCUUCCAUUUACCCAGUACCUUGUGGGUGGUGUAGGGAAGGAGUAUAUGAUAAGGGGGAGGAAGCAUGUGAGUGCAUGGUGGGAUAAUAUUAGCAACAGGGCAUCUUGGAAGAAGAUCCUCCAGCUCUAGGGAUCUGGUUGUGCAUCACAGGCGUUCUGUUCUCAAAAUGAUGUCGUCUCACUUACAAACAAUAUAAUUUGAUAAAGGAUACAACGCCGUUGUUGCGAUAACACCACCUCUCCAAACAACAAAGGAGCUACGACUUUUAUUGGGAUAGUGAGGCAGUGUGUAGUUUCUUGCCUUUGUUGUUUCCUAUAUAAUAAGUGCCUAUGACCUUGAAACUUACUUAAUGUUUGGAGUGCCUAUGGCCUUGAGUUUAAUUCAUGUUUGAAGGGCCUAUAUAAAUUUGUGAUCUACAACUUUUUAUUAGUGUGAAAUGUUGCAAGGGAGAUGCCUCCGCUGUAUGCGGAAUUUUCUAUUUGUUAACAUGGG